CACACACCUGUCCGCUCCAGCCGCCAGCCCGCAGGAUAUCGUACCUAUAUUGCACUAUUUGAACCAUCCAGACCAUACAUUGGCAGUCAGAUGGUCGAUAUCAGUGACUGCCGCUGACACUGGGUGAGCUCGGCGGAGUUCUCACCAUCAAUACCUGUAGUUACAGGUAUGAGUUCAGUAAGACAUGACAAGCCCUGAUAGAACCACAAGAGGUUGACUUCUGCAGCCGGAUGCUACCCACGUGGACACCAAUAGUGUGUGAGCUAUCACUCCUACUGUGGAUGGCAUGUACCGGUAUUUCCUCACUUCGAAUAGAUACUUAUGUGUUUGACGACUGGAGUAACGAGACCUUUCACACCAGGAUGUUGAUGGAGAAGGAAAUAGCCUCGUGGACACUAGAUAUUCCCGUUUCCCUGCACUUUACGACUAGAAACCUUACCGUAGACUACAUGUUAUUUGAAGACGAACAGACCGACGAUUUGGGAAAUUGGAAAAUUGUUCUGGACGUAACAACAUCUAUUGACCUGGUGAACUGUGGGAUAGCAAUGGCAAACAACAUACCAUACAUUUCAUCGUCAUCUGAAUCGUCAUCUGACUGUUAUCCAAUCACAUUUCGUCCAUCCCCAUCAAACAUCUUAAAUCCGGUGAUAGACGUACUUCGCCAAGUCGGCACUACCUCUGACGUAAUACUCCUUCUGUUGGAUUCGGACUUUGAUAUGGAUCCUGGCAUAGUUGACUCGAAUAAUAAAAUAGGAGGUAAUACGAUGAUAUACAACAUCCAGGGACUCAUAGAGGAACAAAUAUCGAGACGCUUAUUAAUAGACGCGAGACGAGUCAUAAUCUCAGCGACGUAUUCACAGAUAUCACAUUUCUUUCACGAGAUGGUGCAGACAGUUAGGAUGCUAAAUAACGAGUGGAUACUUUUACCUUUGGACUCUGACACCUGCCCAGGACAGCUAAACGUAUCGUUCAUCUGUAUACACCAGCAGGGCACGUCACACAAUGUGCCUCAUUGGAUGGAUGCAUUACAUUUCAUGAAAGGCGCAUUUAAAACAAUGGAGGAGGGGAAUGAUACCAAAAAUCAUACAAGUUUGGAAUAUUUUCAAUGGUAUACCUCAUCCCAUCACCUCCCUAUUAGCAUUUCGAAGCAUACGUCAUCUGAUCAUUCGACCUUGGUUGGAGAUAUCACCGCAGGUCGGACAACGCUAUAUAGACGUCCAGAUGAUGUAUUUGAACCUCCGCCACCUCCUGUGUUAAAAGUCGUUGUAAUCCAUGUAGGUUUAUUAUCUGAAAUUGGUAAGGUGAUUUAA